UGAAAAAAAAACUUAUACAAAGGGAAUUUGUGGUAAACGGCACAACGAUAUCUGGGAAAGCCCUAUGCAUAGAUGGAAGAAUUCGUGAAUUAUCCGGACAUCAAUGAUUAUCUUGGGAAUGUUUGUUGCCGUGUAUUGUUACGAUAUCAACUCCGCUGUUCCAGGAGAUGACACUAAGUACGAUCAAGACAAGUAUGACGAAGAAGACAGAGAACAAGGUGCGGUUACGGCAUCGCAAUACGAAAAUGAUUCCGGAAAGGAACAACGCUCGAAUCUGGGAGAGGAAAAUAUUAGGUGGGAACUUUCUGGAAAUUGCAUGGGAUUCGAAAUUCCUUUCCAAAGAAAGAAAUGCAAAUCUGACAAUAAGUUUGAUUGCUCUUUCCAGACGGAUAGAUUUUUCAAGUGUAAAAAAACUGGACCUGAGAUAUCAUCAAAAAGUGCCAAUGAUAUCAGAUGCAAUGAAAUUGCGAAGAAGCUUAGCGAUAAAGGAUUAUAUGCUUAUGUUAAAGAUGAAUACUCGUGCCAACUGAAAUGCAAAACGGGGAAUGAAAAGCCUCUAUACCCAAAAGGGGAGUUUGUGCUAGAUGGCACGGUGCUAUCUAAUAAAACCCUAUGCAUAGAUAGAAGAGUUCACGAAUCAUCCAGAACAAAACUCGAACACGGGGGAGACAGAAAUCAGAUGGGAACCUUAUGGGAAUUGCACGGGUUUUGAAAUUCCUUUCCUAAGGAUGAAAUGCAAAUCUGUCAAUAUGUUUGAUUGCCAUGACGAGGCGGAUAGAUUCUUCAAAUGUAAUAGAACUGGGUCUGAGAUAUCAUCACAAAGUGCUAAUGAUAACAGAUGCAAUGAAAUUGCCACGAAUCUUAGCGAUAAUAGAUUAUAUGCUU